AUGGGUGAUAUGCUCGCGAAGCCGGAGACUCAAAAAUUCUCGACUGUGUUCGAGACGUCACACCUGCGAGUGGGGUGCUGCAGUAUGCAGGGGUGGAGAAAGUCGAUGGAGGACGCUCACGUAGCUCAGUUGAAUCUAAAUGGUAACAAAGACCAGGCUUUCUUCGGCGUUUUUGACGGGCAUCAAUCAGAUGAAGCGUCACGCUACUGUAGGGCACACAUGCUGGAUGAGUUACUCAAGAACAUUGCUAUAUACAAGGAUGACAUCGCGAAGGCGUUUGAGGUUUCUUUCCAAGAAGUCGACAAGCAAAUUUGCAAGAAGUUUGUGUCCAGCGGCACCACGGCAAACUGUGUUUAUUUGGCCGAUCAGAAAAUUGUUUGCGCAAACGCCGGCGAUAGCCGCGCCGUGCUAUAUCGCGGCGGCAAGGUUGUCCCCCUCAGUGUAGACCACAAGCCCUCGGUCCCUGCCGAGGAGGCGAGAAUUGUUGCUGCUGGGUGCCAUGUAGAAAACGGUCGGGUCAACAUGACGCUGGCUGUCAGUCGGGCCUUGGGUGAUGUCGACUUCAAAUCUUGCGCUGCGAAGAGUUGGAUGGAUCAGGCCGUCACUGCCUGUCCCGAUAUCACGGUAACACCGUCACGAAGUGACGAUGAGUUCAUUGUAAUGGGAUGCGAUGGCAUAUGGGAUGUGCUGUCCAAUGAAGAAUGCUGCGACCUGGUGAAAACGCUGAUCCAAAACAGCGACAUCGACAAGAACGGGCACUCUGUUGCGGUAGAUAUUAGUCUUGUCUGUGAGCAGGUUCUUGAUCGCUGCCUUGCCCAAUCGAACUCGGUGAAGGCCGGUACCGACAACAUGACUAUUAUCGUGGUUGAAUUCAAACCGCCAUUUUUCAAGCGUUAA